UUAGUGCUUGUAUAUUCCCUGUGAUUGUGGAAAUGUGCAAUUACACACGGCAACGUCCAGCCAGAGAACUGGAAGAACCCUCUGGAAUGUAUUAAUUUCUGACGAAUCCUUUAUUUGGAUUAAUUCUAAUGGAUUAUAUGAGAGUAAACAUAAAAAUUAAUGUCAUGCUGUUUUUAAUCUGUCUCAUGUGUCUCAUCGAUAUAUCUGAUGCAGUUAUGGAUCUCACCAUGACUUCUAACGGGGCUGUCCCUGCUCAUAAUUUCCGCCUCACCUGCAUUUCUGGAGAGCGUGAAACCGAUGGCAUUCAGCUGAGCAUCAAGAAGGACAACAGCAUUGUCCGUCGUGUAGAUCCACCUCACUUCACUGUGCAGAGGCCACAGGCUAAAGAAGUGGUGGCUUCUGGAUUUAAGGGCUUUGAUCACAGUGGGAUUUUCUACUGUCACUCAAAAAGGGGCACAGACCAACUUGGUGAUGUUACACUCAUCAACAAUUUCAGCGAAGCUCACUUUAGACCAUUGAGGGUCUCUCUGACGGCUAGUAAAGGAGACACAGUGCAUCUAACCAUGGACAUCCUUGGGACAGAAAGAAGAGACAUUGCAUGGAAAUUUAAUGGUAACUAUUAUUACAUGACACCUAUUGCUGAUGUUCAGAACAGCACAGCAGUCCUGGAUCUGGAGAAAGUUGAUGAAAACCAUGCAGGGAUUUACAGUGCCAGCUAUGUUGGAGAUAGUGCUCUCUAUAGUGCCUUGAUGCGUCUCAUCAUUCGUGAAUGCCCAAAGAACAAAUGGGGCUCAGACUGUGACAAGGACUGUCCUGAGUGCUUGAAUGGAGGCGUAUGCCAUGAUAAACAUGGAGACUGUGUCUGCCCUCCAGGUUUCAUGGGAAUGCACUGUGAGACAGCCUGCCGUGAAGGAAUGUUUGGCCGAAACUGCCAGGAAUCCUGUAAUUCAGAAAGUGGUUGCCAGGGCUUGAGUUUCUGUCUCACGGAUCCUUACGGAUGUUCCUGUGCCAACGGUUGGCAUGGAGAUAACUGUUGUAAACCCUGCCCUGAUGGAUUUUACGGGGCAGAUUGUCUUCUAAGUUGCAACUGCAAGAACAAAGGGAAAUGCAAUCGCUUCAGUGGCUGCCAAUGUCCUACAGGCUGGAGAGGCCAGUAUUGUGAGAAAUCAGAUCGUGCACCAGAGAUUUUGGACAUGGCCAGUAACGUGGAGGGGAACCUGAACUCUAGCCAUAAGAUCACAUGUUCUGCCACAGGUCACCCUCUGCCCAGCCACAUGAGCAUUGAGCUACGCAAGCUGGAAAGCAUUGUGCUUAAGGCAUCCCACACUACAUUGGACUCAAAGAAAAGCACUGCUCAGUUUGAGAUCCCACGUCUCACUGCCGAGCAUAAUGGGGUGUGGGAAUGUCGAGUCUCCACCAAUGGUGGGCAGGACUCUCGCAAGUUUACUUUAACUGUGAGAGAGCCACCUUACCCAACCACUACUCCUAAACUGCUGACGAGGAGUAGCAAACAACUGGUUGUAAAGCCAAUGGACACCUAUGCGGGUGAUGGUCCCAUUAGUUCCACUAAGAUGCUUUACAAGCCAAUGGAUACAGGAGACUCCUGGUCCUCCAUUAUAGUGUACAGCACAGAUCCCAUCACAUUGAUGAACCUAAAGCCAUCAACCAGAUACCAUGUCCGUGUACAGCUCACUCGACCAGGGGAUGGAGGAGAGGGUCCUUUGGGUCCAGAGACAAUCAUGGAGACUGAUUGUCCAGAGCCCACUGCCUGGCCGGAGAUUGAUUCCAGCUCAGUGGAGGGGCGUAACGCCACCAUCAGGUGGUCUCUGAUUGGCAGGUCCCGCAAGGCCACUGGCUUUUUAGUGCAGCUCUACGACCCACAUGGAGAAAAACUAUGGGAAGAAACCACCUUGCUUAAUGUGCUCUCCACCAAACUCUACAACCUGGAGUACCACAGGGACUACCAAGUGGUCGUCCUGCUGGUAAACUGCGCCAGCCAUGGGCCCCCUUCAAAGCCCCACCGUAUCCACAUCUAUAAGCAGGGCCCUUCUUCUCCACGUAACGUUCAGGCUGAUGCUGUGUCCAUCAGUGCGGUCAGGCUUCGUUGGCAGCCCCCUGAAGACCCCAAUGGAGGCAUUGUCAAAUACAGCAUUGAAUACCAGCCAGUGGGCCAGGGCAGCCUGCACACUUGGGUGGACACAGAUGAUGGCAACAAAACAACAAAGGAUGUGACAUCUCUCAAUGGAAGCACCUUGUACCAGUUCAGGGUGAGAGCCUUCUCCAAGGUGCCAGGGGAGUGGAGCAAGUUUGUACAAGCCAGGACCCCAGGAGGUGGAUUUUCCAGCUUUAUUCCCACCACUCAGCAAGUUGGGAGGCCGAUGGCUGAGGACCAUCAGUUACUUUGGGCUGUGGUUGGGUCAGUGGCUGUGACCUGUGUGACCAUUCUUCUGGCCCUUCUUGCUCUUUUCUACAUCCGUAAAUCCGUACUUAAACGGAGAAGGAAGUUCACCUAUCAGUCGGGAUCGGGAGAAGAAACUAUAUUACAGUUCAACUCGGGAACUCUCACACUGACCCGACGGCCAAAGCCCUCCCCGGAGCCCCUCACCUAUCCCAUACUGGAGUGGGAAGACAUUAAGUUUGAGGAUGUAAUUGGAGAAGGGAACUUUGGUCAGGUCAUCAAAGCCAUGGUCAAAAAAGAUGGCACAAAAAUUAGUGCUGCGAUUAAGAUGCUCAAGGAGUUUGCCUCAGAGAAUGACCAUCGGGACUUUGCGGGUGAAUUAGAGGUGCUCUGUAAAUUGGGACAGCAUCCCAACAUAAUAAAUCUCAUCGGAGCUUGUGAGAACAGAGGUUACCUAUACAUUGCCAUUGAGUAUGCACCUUAUGGAAAUCUCCUGGAUUUCCUCAGAAAGAGUCGUGUGCUGGAGACCGAUCCUGCCUUUGCCAAGGAGCAUGGAACUGCGUCCACACUCACCUCCCAGCAGCUCUUGCAAUUUGCUGCUGAUGUAGCAACUGGCAUGCAUUACCUUAGUGACAAACAGUUCAUCCACAGAGAUUUGGCAGCCAGAAAUGUACUUGUUGGAGAGAACCUAGUCGCAAAAAUUGCUGAUUUUGGGCUCUCACGUGGAGAGGAGGUGUAUGUCAAAAAGACCAUGGGAAGGCUGCCUGUGCGAUGGAUGGCCAUCGAGUCACUAAACUAUAGUGUUUACACCACAAAGAGUGAUGUAUGGUCUUUUGGAGUGCUUCUGUGGGAAAUUGUGAGUUUAGGUGGAACCCCAUACUGUGGGAUGACCUGUGCUGAGCUCUACGAGAAACUUCCUCAGGGCUACAGAAUGGAGCAGCCCAGGAACUGUGAUGAUGAAGUGUAUGAACUGAUGAGACAGUGCUGGCGAGACAGACCCUAUGAGCGACCACCAUUUUCACAAAUAUCUGUCCAGCUCAAUAGGAUGCAAGAGGCUCGGAAGGCCUAUGUCAACAUGGCCCUCUUUGAGAACUUCACUUAUGCUGGAAUAGAUGCUACAGCUGAAGAGGCCUGACUACCAGCCCCCCCAGACCUAAGCAGGGUUCAUAGCCUGAGGGAGGCUCAUCACAGUAGGGCUUUGCGCUACUGUCACUCCCCUGUGGCCAGGUUCCAUUGUUCAAAGAGACACUCCACCAAGACCACAUGGCUAUAAAGAACGGACUGUGAAAGGACACUGGGGCUGUGACUCUUUGGCUAGAUUCUGGAAGUAUAUCUCAGGACCUGUAGACACAUUUUGACCUUGAAUUGCACAAAAGCAAAUGGAACCUACAAUAUGAGCUAAAUCUGUAGCAGGCUGGGUCUGUGGGGAUCUGGACCGUGUAUUGAACGCUUUUUACAUCUUUUUUGGGGGGAGAAUGAUAAAUGGACAUCAAAAGCAGUUCAUUCCAUGGACAAAUGUGCCAGUAUCAUUUAAUGUAGCACUUGACAAAAGUACAUGCAGGGUCCAAAAUUAACAGCUGGUAAGUACCAAAUGCAAGUAAAAAUGACUUUGGCGAGUAAAUAAACUCACCACUGGCCAGAACUGCAAUAUGUGGUUUGCAAUGAAUUGUUAGAAUGGUAGUCUAACAUUUGUAAGUGGCGCAAGUGAUUCAAAUCAAAGACAUACCAUUUGCUAAAGAAAACAUCUCUCGCAACUCACACAUCUUAUGACAACUAUUACCUCAGUGGAAGUUUUACCAUCAAAAGGUUAUCUAGGAUAAGUUUUCUUUUUCUCCUGAAAUUUUGAGACAAAAAUAUGCAGAAUAUUCUCGCAUGAAGCCACACUACAAAAAAAAAAAAUUG